GCCACUUCGAGACGUGAUAAGGGUUGCCAAUUUUGGAAUCGCAAAAAGAGACGAAACGAUCCAGGCCAAGCUAGACUCUCCCCUUGAAACACUUUCUUCGAAUUAGCCCCCUGUACAUUCCACUAAGGAAGUCGCGUCCCAAAAGAAUAACACGUCUCCCCCCCCAUCCCACAAACAACCCACCACUGUUUCUCCCAUUCCGUCAAAGAAGAAAGCGAUCACCACUCUGUCUCUGCUCGACGCGACUCUUCCAAUUACAUCGCGUAACCAACGGGAUACUCUUUCUCUUCUGAGGUCCUUUCCACACCGCGGACAAGAUGGCGCUUCAAGCUGCCUACCAGCAGUACUUGGCGACGCCAAACUCCAGCUUUCUGGCUGAGAAUGCCUCGCUCCACUACAUUACGACGCUCACGACCUUCCAUGGCCCAGCCGAGAUCAUCAAGCAUUUGAACACUCAAUCGAAAAAGAUCAAGAAGAAGUCUGAGAAGAUCAUCGACGUUGUUGAUGGAUCAAGCUCUCUGGCUGUUGAGACCGAGUUGACGCUUGAAUUCCUCACGGGAGGAGGAGGAUACCUUCCCGGGAUUGACGACAACUUCCUCGCCGAUCGCGAGGUCACAUUUCUAGUUAUUCACAUUGUCUCCUUCGAUGCGAACGGCAAAAUCACCCAAAUCCGACUGAACUGGGACCAGGGCUCGCUCCUGAAGUUGAUCGAUGUGAUUGGAAAGACUGGACGAAACUGGCCUAUACGCGAUGGAAAGGACCAGGUCAAGCUUAUCCAAUCCAGCGUCGUUGCAGCCGCGAAGCCUGCUGCGCCAUCAGCUGCUCCAUAUCAGAAAGAGGGCGAAGUCCUCCGCAGGUCCCGCGAAAACUCAACGAACGUUACUCGCGACCCGCAUUCUUCAUUAUCCCUAUUCGCGCCCCGUGAGGCGGACGAGGAGCCAGAGCUAUUGCCAACAGUGAUUGCCCCACGCGCAUCAGCGAAGCCCCCGCCACGCGACUACCAUGAUCUAUUUGUUGGUCAAGACUCAGAGAAUUCGAGUGCGCCAGCGAAUGAGAAUCGCUCAGAGUCUCCAUUCAAGCACUCGGCUGUAGGCGCCAUUGCGCCCAAAGCCGGGGCCGGAAAGAACUACAUGCCAUCAAGAAUCUUCGACAAUGGUGAUGACGAGGAGGAGGAUAACUCAGCUGCAUCGAGGAAUAGCCGCCCGGAAUCCCACAGGCACUCUGCUAUCGGCGCCAUUGCCCCUAAGAUUGGAGCGGGAAAGAACUACCACCCUUCGAGAAUCUUUGAGACCGAUGAGAAUACUCCUAUCAAGCAAUCGACCGGACACAAGUCUACCAUCAGCCUUACCAAACCGAACCCCACGAAAUAUAAUCACUUUGACAUUGGUUCGGGAAUUGCAUCUGGCGAUACCACAACCGCAGCAAAACCAAAUGAGACCCAACAGGCCAAGAGCAGGCACGGAUCAUCAUGGGGUUUUGAUGACUUCAAUACACCUGCAAAGUCCGUGCCAACAAAGGGGCUCGCAAUCCGGGCGCAAGAUGCCGUGCAGUGGGGCAACGAAGACGAUGAGGUUCCAGACUCCCCAAUCCGCAAGCCAAAGCAGGAUCAGCCACGCAAAGAUGCGGAGACCCACUUCGAGUUCCAGGAUGACGGAAUCCCAGAGGGUCAGCCUAGACUGAUCGGUCGUCCUCGUGGGGCAGGCUCCAACAACGGCCUAGGCCUGUAUAAGAACAACUUGUUCACUGAGGAUGGCGCAUCGCCGGAAGUCACCAACCAGCGCGGAGUCGGAAACUUGGCCAACGUGAAGGAUCGCAGCAAGGACUUCGACCCGCACUUCACCAUGACUGACGAAAACACACCAAUAAAGCCACAGGCCCAACGUCCUCUCGGUAACAUUGCGAACGUUAAGGACCGCCACAAGGACUUCGAUCCUCAUUUCGCGAUGACCGAUGACUCUCCUGUCCCCAAGGUCUCUGCGGCUAACCAGAAGGAGAACAUCCCCAUCUCCAAGCCUAGCACGCUGAACGAGGAGAUCACGCCUUUGGGCUCGCGCGGUGGUCAACAGAAGCAAAAGGGCAUUGUCAUCGGCGGUGACGGAAUGGGCGGCAAGAAGGGCGCAGGCCGCAGCUGGGGUUUCGGUGAUGACUCGGAUGGCGAGCAGGAGGGAGGCAUUAACGGCGCCGGCACCGCAUUCAGCAAGGGCGUUGCGCCGAAGAAGGCCGGCUCGGCAGCACAGACUGGAGGCGGCGACUUCUGGGACUUUUAAGCAGCUGGGUGGUGAUGCGGGUGUUUAGCGGUAUAUCAGGGGGCUGUAGGAAGGAGCACGAGACGGAGAUUAUGAUAUUUUAUGAGCCUACGGCUGCUUUGUUUUUUCUUUUGUGGCUAUGAUAUGGUUGGGUGGGUUGGCACGGUGUUCCCGAUGCCACUGCGUUUAGUACGGUGGAGACGAAGUGAAGGGGGUUAUGGGAAUGCUGUGUAUGAGACUCGCUUCAGAUUGUUCUCUUCGUGUGUGUGCUCGUUGUUCGAUUCGUUGUUUGGCCUCUCGGGGCAUUGAUGGGAACAUUGUCUGAGGACGUUUGGCAAGGGGAGCCGAUCUGUGUGUCGAUAGAGUAGUAAAAAAUUGAGAUUAUUGAG